CCUGUCUGGCACUUUCAGUAACCUGCCUGCCUUACUCUUCAACUCCAAACAACCCGAACCUCUUCACCUCUUUCCUCUCGUCACCAUCUGCCAACGUGGUCCCUCCCUCUCACCCUUAAUUAUCCCGCCGCGGUAAUCGAUAUCUCUCAAUAGCGCCAGCCCAUAACCACCUGCCAAGAUGUCUGACGAUGAGGACUUCAUGCAGGAGUCGGACGAAGAACAGUACGACUUUGAGUACGAGGAAGACGACGACGAGGACUCCGGAGACGUCGGCAUCGAAAACAAAUACUACAAUGCGAAGCAGUUGAAACUCACCGACCCCGAGGAUGCCAUUGCCGAAUUCCUGGGCAUACCACCGUUAGAAGAGGAGAAGGGCGAAUGGGGCUUCAAAGGUCUAAAGCAAGCCAUUAAGCUUGAGUUCAAGCUAGGACAGUACGAAAAGGCGACAGAACACUACGCCGAGCUACUGACGUACGUCAAGUCGGCCGUGACGAGAAACUACUCGGAAAAGUCGAUCAACAACAUGCUGGAUUACAUUGAGAAGGGGUCGGAUGGACCCAGGGCAGUGGCUUGUGUGGAGAAGUUCUAUUCGCUCACGCUUGAGAGCUUCCAGAGCACCAACAACGAGAGGCUGUGGCUCAAGACCAACAUCAAGCUUUCCAAGCUCCUGCUCGACCGGAAGGACUACAACACCGUCACUAGGAAACUCCGGGACCUCCAUAGGGCUUGUCAGAAGGAAGACGGCAGCGACGAUCCCAGCAAGGGCACGUAUUCUAUGGAGAUAUACGCCCUCGAGAUCCAGAUGCACGCCGAGACCAAGAACAACAAGCAGCUCAAGCGCCUCUACCAGCGCGCCCUGAAGGUCAGGUCGGCGGUUCCCCACCCCAAGAUCAUGGGCAUCAUUCGUGAGUGCGGUGGCAAGAUGCACAUGAGCGAGGAGAACUGGGCCGAGGCACAGACAGACUUCUUCGAAUCCUUCCGCAACUAUGACGAGGCCGGCUCGCUCCAGCGCAUUCAGGUGCUUAAGUACCUGCUUCUCACAACCAUGCUGGUCAAGUCCACCAUCAACCCCUUCGACUCGCAGGAGACGAAGCCAUACAAGCAGGAUCCACGAAUCACUGCGAUGACGGACUUGGUGGACGCCUACCAGCGCGACGAUGUCCACGCGUACGAAAACGUCCUCCAAAAGAACCAAGACAUCCUCGCCGACCCGUUCAUUGCCGAGAACAUUGAUGAGGUGACGCGCAACAUGCGCACCAAGGGCGUCGUCAAGCUCAUUGCCCCUUACACACGGAUGAAGCUGGCUUGGAUCGCGAAGCAGCUGAAGAUCUCGGAACCCGAGGUCCAGGACAUCCUUGGCUUCCUGAUCGUCGACGGCAAGAUUGACGGCAAGAUUGACCAGCAGGCCGGCACGCUCGAGAUCCAGUCGGACGCGGACAGCAGCCGCACCAAGGCGCUGUACGAGCUUACACAGUCUGUCUCGAGUCUCUACACGACUGUGUUCAAGGAGAGCGAUGGCUUUCGGUCGACUGAUUUCCCUACAGACGAGCAGACCAUGGACAUGGUGGGCGGUGGCAUGACGCCCAGAAGCGGCGGCCCACGGGGCCAUCCGCGGGGACCCGGACGAAAGGGUAAAGGCGUGAUGCCGUUGUGGACAUGAACAACAAAGAGCAAGAUCACGGUCAUGGCAUGGCACGGGGCGAAUCAUACAGGGCAGACGACAGAACAUAGAUUUGGUUGGCAUCUGCGGUUUGCCACGAACCUCUCUCCACAGAAACGCACAUGGAGCCGCAUUGAGGUUAAUCACAGACAGGGCGAGGGAAGCAAAAUCAAUGAGUUUAGAAGAUACCAAAACAACGCCAUCCAAAAAAAAAAUUGAAACCCCUUUCUACCCCCCCCCCCCAACAGUUGCGUCCACACAGGAGACGGUGGUUGGAACAGCGUCUAUACCAUGUCUGCAGAGGAGGCCGGGGAGGGGGGGCUAUUUCAUUUAAAGAAAGGACCCGAAGCAGCUUUCCGCUGCAAGUCACUUGAUCCGUUCGACAUUUUGCUUUUCUCUUCUAGACCUUGAAGAACCUCGGAAGCGGAGUAUACGAGUGAGAGAAGCAAGGACAGGCGAGGUUAGAGACAGAGGAAGAACACCAUCUUGGGGGCUGGCUUACGACGGCGCGUGGGAAGUCUGAGAGAUGGCUUCCGCAGCAGGCCGGCUGGGGCGGAGUUUGCGUCGUUCGCGCGGGUAAAAUUAAAUUGCAAAAUGGGAAGCCUCUUCCAGUCCCAUCUCCUGAGACGGCUAGGCCUUGUUAUACAUGGAGGAGCAAUAAUAACGAGCUUCGUAGAGAGAAAGAAUUCUCAAGCUUGAACACUCCUUGAGUUGCUUGACGCCCUUGUGUCUGCCCUCCUGUGUGCGACGAUCCCAUAGAGCCAACACCUACUGCUCGCAAGCACACCAAAAUAUGACGUUCCCAUCCCCUCCAGUGACGAGGAUCACAGAGGGCAAUGGGAAGGAAGGCGAGUUCCAACACGCCAUCCAUGGAGCGUAUGUCAAGUUUCAACGUCCCCAGCUUAUCGCGUUGGCAGAGUCGCAGCCGACUCAGGAUACCACCCACCAUCCGCGUUGUCCAUAUUGGCAGCCGGCUAGUCGUUCGGCUCUCUUGCGUGAGUUACGUGGUGUUCGAUUCGUUUGGUGGUGCUGUAAGCAAUUAUCUGUACGGGUACCCUGUUAGGAUGUACAGUAACAGACUCUGCACAUCACCAAACAGGUGAGCACUCUGUAAACAAGCACCCAAGCCCCUCCUCGUUGUCGAUACAUUCGCGGGAUGGUCUCGAUGGUUACUGGCAGCGUAGCACCGAGAGCCCCCUAAGGGACCAGGCCUUUUCUCGCCCUCGCCCUUCUCAUCUGCCGGCCGAAACAGUGGUGCCGACCGAUUUGGUGUUGCUUUUCUCCCGACGUCGGGGGCCAUCCACCGCCGAGAGAAGAUCGACGUUGUCUUUAAGUCUAGUCUGGGUCUAUCCUUUAUCUCAGUGCAGGAUACGUAUGGUCGAACAGCAGCCGGAGCUUUGCUUCGGUACCUGUCGCAUGGUACAGCAUGAUGGAUGUGUCGUCGUCGUCGAAUGGUUGCGAACCUCGUCGACCAGAUCGUCAUUCGGGUUCCUGAAACCAGAACUGGACUAGGGACAGGCGAACAAUGCGACUUCCCAUCCGUUAGGCUUCCUCCCGUGCCACCACUUCGUUUACAGUGUCACGGAAGUGGUUGUGGAACUGGCUCGUUUACUCAGACGUCGGCAUUGGACGCGAAAUGGGCGUGCAUGUGUUGCACAAUGUAGUGGUAGGUGGAGUGCAUGUCGCCUGCUCGUCCAUGACUGGGUGCCCUCCUUUCCCUUCCGUAUCUAUCCCUCGCCGAUACGACAACUAUUCUCUGCACCGUGUCGAAUAUCGUUUUGGCGGCUCGAUAAUUGGACGACGUAUUU